GGUGUUUGCAAGUCAUAGAGCAAUGACUGAAAUAAAGGAUAAAGACAAGGAUAAGUUAAAAAUCGAGGAUAUAAAAAAGGAUAAAAGAAAAGAAUUUGCAAGUAAAGAAAAAUCACUAACUUGUAUGAAUCAAAAACGCUUACAAUUAUGUGCCUGGGUUUUACUAACUGUUGGACUUUGUAUUGUUGUUACCACAUUUUAUUUGGCCAUACAACAAAAUCCCAGCUAUAAUAAAUCCGUAGCAGCUGGUGGAAAAUUAUUGGAUGAUGUUUCAGAUUUAUUACCAAAUAAUGAGGAGGAUCACUAUGGUGGCACCGGCCACUUUAGCCUUGAGGAUGAAGCAUUAAGUUCUAAUAAAAGCGGACGGUAA